AUGCAAACAUCCCGCUUUUGGUUAUCACAGGGAGAUAGUGAUUCUGACUCUGAUGAUGAGGAGAGUAAAUCUGAGGAAUUUUUUUCUGAUGUUGCCCUUCCACCAACUAGGAGGGAUGAUGAUGGCCUUAGAAAAUACUUAGUCAGCUCAAGUGACAGUGAUGAAUUGGAUACUCAUCGUGUGGUGCGGCCAUUGAAGGUGAAACUUAAUGAGGAGAUGUGGUCCACUGUUGAACAGAUACGAAAUGCAAUGAAGAUCAAUGAUUGGGUUAGUCUCCAAGGUUGCUUUGAGAACCUCAACAAACAGCUAGAGAAAGUGGUUCGUGUAAGUGAGUUCAACAAGCUUCCAAAUGCAUACAUCCUCGCUCUUAUGUUGCUAGAGGACUUUCUCAUCGAGUCAUUGGCAAAUAAUAAGGAAGCCAAGAAGAAGAUGAGCAACAGCAACUCAAAGGCACUCUAUUCAAUGAAGCAAAAUCUUAAGAGGAACAACAGGCAGUAUUCUGAGCUGAUACUGAAAUGCAGAGAGAAUCCAGAGUGUUUUAACAAGGAGGAUGCAAAUGACAAUAGCAAGGAUGAUAGUGUUGAUGAUUAUGAUGAUAUUGAAAUAAAUAGGUUGUCAUCUAAUGAGGGGAAGGAUGAUAAUCAGGAAGGCAACCAGAAGGAAGGACCAGGGGAAAUGGAGAAGGUCGAGAAGGAUAAGCUCAUGGACAAGCAGUUCCCUAAAGACCCAAGUGAGAUUACUUGGGAGAUUGUUGAUAAUAAGCUGAAGGAAAUUGUAGCAUCAAGAGGCAGGAAAGGCACUGGGAGGGUUGAAAGGGUAGAUCAGCUCAUGUUCUUGACUUGUGUGGCAAAAACACCUUCUCAGAAGCUUGAAGUUCUUUGCCAUGUGAUUUCAGCUCAGUUUGACAUCAAUCCUAGCUUGCUUGGUCAUAUGCCAAUCAAUGUGUGGAAGAGCUGUGUUAACUAUAUUCUUCAUGUGCUUGAUAUCCUGCAGCAACAUCCUAAUAUUGUGAUUGGCAACUUAGUUGAGCCUAUGGAGGAGAUUAGUAAUGGUGCUGAUUAUGAUGGAACUAUCCAUGUGUCAGGUGAUUUGGUUGCUUUCAUUGAGAGACUAGACUCUGAGUAUUUCAAGAGUUUGCAGUGCACUGAUCCACACACAAAAGAUUAUGUUGAGAGGCUGAGGGAUGAGCUGUUGUUUAUGGUUGCUGCACAAAAUAUACAGGUUUACCUUGAAAAAGUUGGGAACUUCAGGGCUGCUGCUAAGGUUGCACUGCGUCAAGUUGAACUGAUUUACUACAAACCCGAAGAAGUAUAUGGUGCAAUGAGAAACCUGGCAGAACAGGCAGAAAAUGAAGAUGGGGAUGCAAAUGCAAUUGAUGGAUGUAGCGGGCCAACUCCAUUUAUUGUAAUUUCAGAGGUCGUGAAUAGAAGACCUAUUUUUCCUCCAAGUAGUAGAGCUUUGAUGGAUGGAUUGACAUCUCUAAUUUAUAAGUAUGGCGAUGAAAGGACAAAAGCCAGAGCAAUGCUAUGUGACAUAUACCACCGUGCAAUCUCUGAUGAAUUCCCAGUUGCUCGUGACUUGCUAUUAAUGAGUAAUUUGCAAGAUGGAAUCAAGCUUAUGGACAUAUCUUCACAGAUCUUGUUUAACAGAGUCUUUGCGCAGCUGGGUCUUUGUGCUUUCAGGGCUGGACUGAUAACUGAAUCCCAUGAUUGCAUAUCUGAGUUAUAUGCAACUGGGAGAGUUAGAGAAUUGCUUGCACAGGGUGUCCAUUAUGGCCGUUAUCAUGAGAAAACUCCUGAGCAGGAAAGACUUGAGAAGAGACGGCAGAUGCCUUACCACAUGCAUAUAAACCAUGAACUUUUAGAAGCCACAUAUUUCACUUCUGCCAUGUUAAUAGAGGUGCCUAAUAUGGCGGCCAGUCCUUAUGGCAACCGGAAACCUGUGAACAAAACAUUCCGUGGGCUUCUUGAAUUCAGCGAGAGAAUGACUUUUGUUGGCCCUCCGGAGAAUGUCAGAGGCCAUGUUAUGGCUGCUGCGAGAGCCCUUAAGAAGGGUGACUACCAAAAGGCUUUCGAUGUCAUUAGUUCUCUUGAGAUCUGGAAGCUGUUGAGGAACAUGGAGCAUGUUCUUGAUUUGCUGAAGCUUAAGAUCAAAGAAGCUGCUCUUAAAACCUACCUCAUUUCUUAUUCAUCCUGCUAUGGCUCUCUAAGCCUGGACAAGCUAUCUGUGAUGUUUGACCUGACAGAAUCACAUACACAAAAUAUUGUCAGCAAGAUGAUGAUACAAGAGGAGCUUCAUGCAAGGUGGGACCAACCAACACGCAGCAUUGUCUUUCAGAAUGCCGAGCAAACCAGGCUGCAGAGACUACUCUACCAGAUGGCAGAUAACGUUUCUUUCAUUGCGGAGAGAAAUGAGAUGGAUAUGGCGGUAAAUCUCGGGGAGGAAGUGCCGAGACGCAAGGCUGAUAGUCAGGACCCUUCAAAAUUAGGGAGGUUGCAGAAGAACUUAGUGCCAUUGCAACGUCCUGGUUACACUGGAGGAGCGGCAGGCUUCGCUCAAGCUGGUCUGAUGUACACGAAGGACAGUAACAGUAAAGGCUUGCAUGGUAACUAUGGAAGGGUUAACAAGCAGGCUUAUCCAUCUGCAGCCGGCAUGGUGAACCUGAAAAGGGCUAUUGGAGUUUAG